AUGGAUAUAAACCAGUUUCCUAUGGACGUGGAACAAAUCAAUGCAAAACAGCAUAUCAUGAAUGGGGAAAAGUUUAACUACAAAAUCAAACCCGAUUCAGUUGUGAUAUUGGUUCAGGUGCACGACCGCCUUGAUAUAUUGAAGAUGCAGCUCGAGUCCUUCCGAACAAACAGGUACAUUAAUGAAACCCUUCUUGUCGUAAGUCACGACUAUUAUUCCAAACCUGUAUUUGACAUUAUUGAUUCAAUAGACUUCUGUCCGGUUCUACAAAUAUUCUACCCAUAUCCUAUACAAGCUUACAAUAAAAUGUUCCCCGGUGACGACCCGAAUGACUGUCCACGUGAUCUGUCUCUAGACGAGGCCCGGAAGCGGAAGUGCAACAACGCGGAGUUCCCGGACCGGUACCAGCAUUAUAGGGAAGCCAAGCAUACACAACUCAAACAUCACUGGUUGUGGAAACUUCAGUUUGUUUUUGAACGUUCCUUCUUCAAAGACGUUCCCGGUGUGACGAUCUUACGUCUCGACGACGACUACUACCUUGCCGCCGACGCCCUAGAUAUGAUCAAGAAGAUGAACGUUGCACGGGAUGCUGAAUGCAGGGACUGCAAGAUGUUUAUCAUGGGUGGAAUGGAAAAUACGUCCCCACAGCCAUAUCGUGCCCAGUCAGGCGACGUUAACAGAGGGUACUGGUAUGCUGGAGUUGGGAGGGGUCAAGCGUUCACGAAAGAUUUCUGGAAAUUGUUAAAAGAUUGUCAAAAGGCGUUUUGUCUCUUUGACGACUGUAAUUGGGAUUGGGCUCUACAGCACGUGACCGCCACGUGCAUCCCCGGCGGCCUUAAAAUAUUGAAACCAUCAGCCAGUCGGCUUUUUCAUCUAGGGAAAUGCAAGGGUUUCCAUAGAAAUAUGUCUUGCACCACAGAGAGCGUCAAACAAGAAGCUGACCAUAUUCUUAAAACGAAUUCGCAAUACUUGUUUCCAGCUAAAGUUCAAGUUGUUGGUAAUUUCCCAAAUAGACCGACGCACGAUGUGCCUUAUGGGGGUUGGACAGACAUCAGGGACCACGAGCUUUGCUUUAAGAUUUACAACAACAAGACUCUCAACCAGAAGGAUUUGUCUGGUAUUCACCAACUGCUAUUCAGGAAGAAUGGCUAA